AUGGCUUUGCAGAUGAGUUGGGUUCCUGAGCCUCCGUCCGACGAACAGUCCUUCGCGUCUAUAAAGGCCGGUAUCGAAGCUGCCCCUCCUGGUGCAAAGGUUUUCCUGAAUAGUGGGGAAUUCUAUGGGAAUUCACCACAGACAGCCAAUCUAGAGCUUUUGAACAGGUUCUUUACCAAGUAUCCUGAAUAUGCCGAGCGAACGUUCUUAUCUGUUAAAGGCGCAAUUAUUGUAGAUGAACGCGGCUUUACACCUGAUUGCUCCGAGGCUGGCAUUGAGCGUAGUAUCAACAACAUCGUCGAGAAGCUCGGUCCAAACAAAAAGCUCGAUUUGUUCGAACCGGCCCGUAUCGAUCCCAAGGUCCCUAUAGAGCAGACCAUGGCCACGCUCAAUAGAUAUGUUCAGUCUGGAAAGAUAGGAUCUAUCGGUUUGUCUGAAUGCUCAGAAGCCACUCUAACACGGGCAAGCAAGGUCGGGAAAGUUGCAGCCGUCGAGAUAGAAGUUUCGUUGUGGACAUAUGAGGAAGAAACACGAAAAGUGAUUACUACUGCCCGCGAACUCGGUAUCACUGUAAUCGCAUACUCGCCUCUUGGGAGAGGAUUUUUGACUGGCAAAUUCAACCCAGAAGGACUAUCUAAACAGGAUCAUAGGAGCCAUAUUCCACGGCUCCAGGGAGAGGCUGUUAAAGCCAAUAUGAAUCUGGUCAAAGAGCUGGGCUCAAUUGCUAAGAGGAAGAAAGUGACAUUAGCUCAGCUUUGCCUGGCAUGGGUAUGCUCAAUUGGCCCACAUGUCGUACCCAUCCCCAGCUCUACGCGUGCAGAGAGGACUUUGGAAAACUUUUCCGCUGCUUCAAUAGCGCUUACCGAAGAAGAUCACGCAGAUAUAAAUCACGCUUUGAACCUUUACCCAGUGUCUGGGGCUCGCUACAGCGAGGGAGGCAUGAAGCUUGUAUGGGGAUAA